UAAGGGCACUCGCUUGGAGAAGAAGGCAAACAUGAAGAUUGUAAGACUGGACUGUUAUCCCAUUACUAUAUCUGAGAUAAGUACUACUCCAUCAUCAUUAGAAUUCUUCAUGUUUCCAGUUGGUUAUCUUGGUGCUGCUAAUAUAGUAGGGCAUAUGAUGGCGUGUCUUCGAUUCGUAGUACGUUAUCAUUAGAAAUUCUCUUUCCUUUGUAUGAAGAAAACACUGCACUGGGAAAAUAGUGUGAGAAAACCAAACCAACUAACUGACAGUGAUCACAAGCUAGCAGGGUCCUUAAAUUGAAAUCCUUCAAGGACACUCUCUUGGAGAAGAGCGAGAAACAUGAGAGGAGUUCGUACAAAUAAAAUGUUAGCCAAUUACUAUAUCGGAGGUAAGUGCUACUCC